UGGCAGCUCAGUGCUACAGAUACGGGUUAUUCAUCUAGAAUCGGUACAGAUGCCAUAGUACACGUGUGCUUAAAAAAAUUACAGUUUCUCAUUUUAUUUUUUUCCACUUGACAGAAAGAGCACAUGGCAACACACAUGAAAAACCCAAUUUCGAUGGAUAUUCCCACGCGACAGAAUAAGCUACUGCACUAAAAAGCACUUUUAUUCUACUGGAGGCUCAUCUGAGGAGGACAGCUUAAAUUGUCAGACCACUGGCCGCUUCAAGCAUCUCUCGUUAUCCAGCCUCAUUGUAAUUUGGGCCUUAUUUCCAAGCAGACAUUCGGUACCGGACCUCCAUUGUGGCAGCAGAUACAGCUGCUCGGAGAUUUGUGGUGAACUAAAAAGCCUUUCAUCAUCAGCACAGAGUGAGCUACUUCUCCUGCCAACAAGUAAUUGGAUAUGGUUUACAAACUCAAGAUGUUUCCUUAACUCAUCAGUGCAUCCAUUCUUCAUAUAAUGACACCGAGUGUUUUUGAAAUACCAAGCAGUAUCAAUAGAAAAGGGAAGCUGCAGUAUGAAGAGCAGUCCACGCGGCUCAGCCUUGAUCCAGUGGGUGAUGGGUUAGGUCAAGCUCAUCUGGCCUUCUGAUCUCUGCAGGAUUUUUUUCUGGCUGCUGUUGGUGGAGGUGGGGAUUAGGGGAAAGGAAACAUCCACAGUCAUGAUGCACUCCGACUGGACCGACGUUAACGAUAUAGAGAGAUACUGGGAUGUUUCAGAUUGAAGUAUGAACAUGUGUUAUCUGUUUUGUAUCAGCUGGGGGUCAGAGGGCAAAGGAGGAUGACCCGAGGGGUCGUGAAAACUAAAUUGGAGGAACUCCGGUUUAAUGGCCGUCGGUCACAUUUCGUAUUGUUUGUGCUCUGGUAGAACAGAACAUGACGAACAGAUUGCGCGAUGAAUUGGAUUAAGACGAUUACAGAGGAUAAAGAGAGCAGAGGGGAGGAAAAACACGAGUGUUGAAGUGCUACGUGCACAGCUGAAGAAAGAGGGAGGAAGAGGUGGUGAGGGAUUACAGAGGCAAUAGAUGUCAAAAUGAUAAAAGGAAAAAAACAUAGAGGUAAUAGCAGAAAAGGAAAAAAGAGCAGGUGGGAAAAAGAGCUCGUUUGUGUAAGACACAAAGUCACUUAUCGCUGGUCAACAGGUUCUUCUCUAUAUUGCUCGGAAAACCAUGGCGAUGGCCGCAGGCUUCGGACUAAAUAGACAUUGAUUAAUCAAGCAGGAGCUCUGUUAAGAGCUAAUGGGGAGGUCACCUUCUUAAUCACCGCCAUUCAGUUAACUUGACACCAAAGCUAGCUUCCCUUCACCACUUCCUGCUGGGCUGCCAAAGAGCUCAUCGCUAAGCUCAAACCAGCAAUCUCUGUGGAAACCUCGAAAUGUUCCCUCAGAGGUCCACUCAGCUGUUUCUAGUCUGUUGUGAACAGCUGGGAUUUUUAUCUUUCCUUGUGUUGUGUGACCAGUGUUGUGACAGAUAAUGAGAGGCUGUUGUGAUGUUGUCGCCAUUAAUGUUUGAUAAACAAUGCACUGAAGCUCAUUCAUGAGCAUUUUUAUAUUGUUAACUUGCUCCAGCCUAGCUCCAAAACUAUAGGUGGCAGCAUAACCAGCUGCUGCUCACUAUAGUCUUUGCUGUAGCUAUCUUUGGAUGUUGCAACUGGCUACCAUUAGCAUGUAGCUAUGGUUGGACAUUAAGGCACACAGAAAUGCAGCUGAACUGAUGGAUCUGACUGGUCAGUUGAGGACCUGGGCAUGGAGUCGACAUCUCUGGAUGACGUAUUGUACCGUUAUGCCAGCUUCAGAAACCUGGUCGACCCCAUCACGCAUGACCUGAUCAUCAGCCUAGCGCGAUACGUCCACUGCCCCAAGACGGAGGGUGACUCUCUCGGGGCGAUGGAGAAGGUUUGUCGUCAGCUGACCUACCAUCUCAGCCCGCACUCACGGUGGAGGAGGCAGGGCCUGCUCAAGAGGAAACCUCAGGCCUGUUUAAAGGCGGUGCUGUCGGCCCCUCUGUCCAGCGGGGCAUUGGAUCUGUCCGGUAUCCCUCUGACAGCCCGGGACAUGGAGCGUCUGUGUGCACACCUACAGCGUCAUGCAUCCACCGUGGUCAGCUUGGAACUGGGCUUCACCGAGCUGACGGACGAGGCGUUUCUCCUGCUGCUGCCCACGCUGGCCUCACUGCCACACCUGGAGACCCUGGCACUAAACGGAAACAGGCUGACCAGAAUUAUUCUGAAGGAGCUGACUGACGCCCUGAAAGAUCCGGGCAGCUUCCCCAGCGUGACGUGGAUUGACCUGGGCAACAACGUGGACAUCUUCUCCCUGCCACAGCCCUUCCUGGUCAGCCUGAGGAAGCGCUGUCCCAAGCAGGGAAACCUGCCCACCAUCCUGGAGUUCGGAGAGAGCCAGGCCAGCGACGUCCCCGAGAGGCUGAGAGUGCUCGGGGAAGAGGAGGAGACGGACGACACCAACCGGACAGAGAGCAUGGGCGAGCUCCGGUCAGAGGUGGAGGAGGAGCUGGACGGAGAGAUAGAGAUCGAGGAGAUGAUGGAGGAGCUGCUCGACUUCGAUCGGGAAGUGCAAGGGAUGGAGGACGAGGACGAGAGCAUGUGGACACUGGAGCAGCAGAGGAAGGUCAGGGGGAGGAGGGGAAGGAAGGGGGAGGAAGGGAGGGACAAGGAGGCGCAGAGGAAGGGGCAGCAGCAGGGGAGGAGUGCAAUGGUGGUGGAGGACGAGGAUGACACACAGAGCCACUCCUCCCACCUGUCCUGCUCCAGCCAGUCGCAACACUCCUCGGGAGCCAUUGAGCCAAUGAGAGCGGAGGAGGAUGACUUGGACGACAUCACUGACCAAUCGGAUCACUUGACCUGAUUGGUUCUCCCCGCUCUGCUUAUGUUUCCCCUCCCGUGUCAAGUCCUGUGUGGAAGGAGGCGAGAGAAGACUUUGUGUCCUGCAGAGCUGACUCAAGGUCAGACAGGCUGCAGUGUUUGGAGGGAUGUAAUCCAUAUGAACAUGCCAUCCCAUACUCCCUCCGCCGAUCUGAUGCGUGAGCCGCCGCCACAGUGCUCAGAGUCCCAGCCCAACCCGGGUGACUCUUGUUGACUGUAACAUGAGAAGACAGCACCCCAACAGGAUGUGUGUGUGUGUGUUAUUAUAACUGUCUGCUGUUUAAACUAUGAAUAGAUUGAGGAUGCUAAUGCUUAGAAAAGACUGAUUUAUUAUGUCACCUGAGGCUUUUAUGUAUAGGAAUGUUAAUCUUUAUUCAGGUCCUUUCCUCCUGGUAACCCUGCUAAUACCUCCAUGUGCCUGUGAUGUGUCCAGUUACUGGUUAGAAGUGUGCGUCAAGGGAUGAACAGAGACCAGGAAGCAUGAAAACAAGAGAUACACAAACCUGUCAGGGUUCUUUAACCUUUUGGAGGAAAAAAAAUUUUUGUUCUAGAAUUUGAAGUGAAAAUGUAUAAAAUGUUUUCCUCCCUUGUACAUCAGCGGCUGGCCAGAUGGAUUGGCAGAUAGACAGGAAUCUGGAGUCAAGCCCACAGCUUCGUGGAAAUCAGUUCAGCCUCUUACGAAAAUGAACAGAUGCAGCGUGCUUUAGUGGAGGAGAAGUGCACUGAAGAUGAAAUUAGUCAGCUGAAACCAAAAGACAUAAACAACCGAUGAAGAGAAAGCCUGAUGAUGGCGAGGAGAUGAGUGGCUCAGAGGAGUGAAAACAGUCAAAAGUGUCCUGUUUUGAGACAUUUGGUGUCCAUGUAAAGUGGAUAGAUUUCGUGGCGUCAAGUUGAAAUCUUUUGUAGCCGUUUUCUCCUAAUGCAGGUCACGUUCCACUUCACGGUUCUUCACUCUAUAGUGUGCGCCACAAGCUUACAGUGUUUAUACAUAGGCCGCAGCUAUGAUCACAUUCAGAUCGGUCGGGUUACGACAAGUGAUAUCCUUAUGCAGUAUGUAGCUCUCACCCCGGCCUGUGCUUUCCAUUCAUGCGUCACUAAUAGUCACAAGCUGUAUUUUUGGAUGUACAGUAUAUACAGUAUAUAUUGUUGGUGUGCGGGGCGAUUGUUAAGAUUGUAGAAUAGCUAUUUCAAGAGGAAAACCACUCAAUUAUGUAUGGUAUUUAUGUGGUCUGGGUAGUUGAAGCAAUAUAGUUCAUGAAUUGUGCUUAAAAGCUGGUGAUUAAAAGAUGAACCAGAAUCUUAAUUUGUGGUAGAUCAUAAAAGGCUCAGAGAUGCACGCUUUUAUUGAUAUAGAGAGGAGAAGUUUGUUAUCCAGUGUGAACUUGUAUAGAACAGAGGCUCAUCCUAAAGCAGUCGAAACUUAAUAAAUGCAUAUAUUUAUUAUUUUGCCCCGACAGCUGCCCCAGGCGCCAGUAAAUUCCCCUCUGGAGCUGUUCACUUGUGUGGCAUCAAAAAUGAAAGGCUCUAAUGACAUGCUAAUGCUCACAGCUGCAACACGUCAUCAGGCAGUUUAAUGAGACUAGUCUAUAUGAAGAUAGAUCUGGGAACCAGCUUAUUAGUACUCAUCAGAUUUUUCUUAAAAUUCUCCUUUCCUCAUACAUACUUUCUGCAAAAAUCAAAAUCCAAAAUAUCUCAAAAUAACCAGUACACACCUGUCAGGCUGUUAUAUGAUAUUUUAAUUCAUUAUAUAUAUAUAUAUA